AUGUCGAUCGCGACCGCGUGCCACGGCGCUCGUCCCGCCGUCGCGGCGUCGCCGCGCCGGUCGAUCUCGUCGUCCGGCGCGCGCGGUGCGCUCGUCGUUGUCGAUAAGGCUGGAUGCCGGGCGAACCGUCGCGGACGCUCGUUCGUCGCGCGGGCGUCGAACGACGCGACGGAGUGCGCCGCGGCCGUGCCGCUCGAGUCGCGAUCGAGCGCGACGGUCGCCUCGCGCCGCGGCGCGCUCGCGUCCGCGCUGGCGUCCGCGCUGGCAUCCGCGGUCGCGACUCGUCCCGCGCUCGCCGAUGGCGACGACCGCGACGUCGCGGCGCCGACGAUGGACGUCGAACCCGCGCCCGCGCCCGCGCCCGCGGCGUCCGCGCCCGUGCCCCCCGUGCGCUACAAGGGAAGCUCCCCGGGCAACUGGUCCGUCGUCGUCCCGGGCGAGUACCGCCGCAUGAGCACGGAGAAACCCCGCCGCAUCUACGAGCAGCGCACCGAUUGCGAGCCCAACUGCCGCGACCUCCAGGCGAAGCGAACCGAGGAGACGCCGCUCGUCGCGCGCUUCGGAAGCGUCGACGAGCGCGAGGACGUGUCCGUCUCCGUGCGCGGCGCCAACACCCUGAAGCUCACCUUCCUCUCCAUGAAGGACGUCACGGAGUUCGGCGCCAUCGAGGAGGCGACGCCGCUGUUCGUGCCGCCCGGAGCGAAGAUCAUCGACGCGAACGCGCGAACCGGCGAGAGCGGCAAGGGAUACUACCAGUGGGACUUCGAGUACGGCGCCGCGAGGGUUUUACUCACGGCGGCGGUGGAGCAGGGUAACUGCUACCUGCUGGGCGCCACGUCGUCGUCGGAGCGGUGGGCGUCGAGCGAGGCUGGGUUCAGAAGGGCUUCCGCUUCGUUCAGGGUGGGCGCAGACGCCGUGGCAAAUGCAAAUGCAAAUGCUGCAUCCGUGUCGGCCAAGGACAGGGAACCGCCGGCCGGGGAGGUGAGGCUGGACGACGGGUCUGGGGACGCGAAACGGAAGCCGCCCGGCACCUUGGACUGCAAGGGGCCGCUGCCGAUCCUGUGCUCCGUGGAGGACUGAGCCAAGACACGUUGUCGUCUCACGUUAAUUUACAUCAAGUACCGUCACCGU